UGAUUUUUACGUGGAAAAUGGAACCAUCAGGAUGCUAGUCACUGGAAUCAUGAUUGGGAUUCUCAUAAGGUUAAUGUACAGAGUUCUAAUGAGUCCAUCUAAGAGAAAAGAACCAAUCCCAGAUAAGGACUAUGGUUUUGAUGAUGUACAAGUUCAUGUCUACUUCAGCCCAAGGGCUGAAGAUCCAGACCAUGACUUUAAUAAAGCAGUCCAGGCUUCUCUGAUGAAGCUCAAAAAGAGAUGAGCUAAAUACAGAACAAGGUACUACCUGGCCAUAAAUAAGCAGUGGUACAGGAACAAAUUCAAGAUAGUUCAAAAAGCAGUGACAACUCAUGAUAAGCUAAAAGAAAUUAUAAAUAUUUGUGACGAACUAGAAAUAGCCUACAACGAAAUUAAGUAUUUCUCUUAUGGAUAUGGACAUACAGUAGGAUACUCUGUUGGACCUGUACCAAAACUACAUUUUGAUGACAUAAAACAAAGAAUACGAGAUCAACAAUCUAUGAAGUGAGAGGAAUAAUUUUCAAUAUUGUAAAGAACAAAA